AUGGCGGACGUGGGGAGCCUCGAGAGGAUGGGCCGGGAGCUCAAGUGCCCCAUCUGCUUGAGCCUGCUCACUUCGGCGGUGUCCAUCACCUGCAAUCACAUCUUCUGCAACGCCUGCCUGACGGAGUCGAUGAAAUCUGCCUCCUGCUGCCCCGUGUGCAAGGUCCCGUUCCGCCGGAGAGAGAUACGACCAGCACCUCACAUGGACAAUUUGGUGUCUGUUUUCAAAAGCAUGGAAGCUGCAGCGGGCACUAGUGUUGUGUCAACACAGCUGACUCCAGCACCCAAAGUUGCAGAUUGUGCUGGGAACAGUGCUGGGAAGCCUAAAAAGUCGAAUAAAAAGAAGCCAGCAUCCAAGAAUGAAAAGAAUACAACCAAAACUGCUGCAACAUCUGCAACUGCAAAGCCUUCAAUCUCCAAGAACAAAAGAAUACACGUGACACCAUUCCCUGAAUCUGAGACGCCGAUAAGGCCCAAGAAGGUUAUGAAGUCUGAUGAGCAAAAAAGUAAUCUGAAUGGUGAUGUUAAAGAGGAUAAAGAUAAAAGUCUGAACUCUGAUAUACCAGAAAGCCCUUCAUUGUCACCUUUUUUCUGGCUGAGGGAACAAGAGGAAAAUGAAGGUGGCACUGCUGAAACUUUGAGUGAACCACCAUCAUUGGACACACCCUUGCGUCACAAUGCGCCUACCUUUAGUGAUAUCAAAGAUUCUGAUGAUGAAAGGCCUAAUGAUAUGACUCCUAAUAGCAAAGCUGAGGUUUCAGAAAUAUUUGACAGUGAAAUCUUUGCAUGGAGCCAAAGACCUUGCUCCCCUGAACUGCGUUCUACCCCACUGAAAAGUCAGGGUAAGUUGAAGAAUAUUCUAGAUCAAAUCACAGAGGUGGAUGAUGGUGAAGAUAUGAAUCUUGGUGGUUCAUUUGAUAAGUUAGACCAUGAAAGUAAUGUAGCUCAGCCUCUAAAUGCUGAAGAAGUUAAGAAGAAAAAGUUAACAAGACCUAGGAAAAGAAAGAAUUCAAAACUGCCCAGUAGUGGCAAACUAUGUACAAGAGGAUCUGAUGCUGAGCACCAAGUUGCAAAUAUCCCAGAAAGUAUUGUUGCAAAGCCACGGCAAAAGGACGGCAGUAAAAAAGAGAGAAAUACUUCAAAUGGAGGAAACAAGGUCUCUGGCAACAACGCUACAGCUGUCUUUUCUAGUGAUAAAUCUAUGAAUACAUUUUCCCCUCAAGCAGGUGGUUUGGGCAAUGAAGUACCUGAGAACCAGCUUUCAGAAAGGAUCCCCAAAAAGGAUAAAAACAGUCGAAGCAAACUUGAAAUAGCAGGGGAUAGUGCAGUGAAGACUGCAGAGAAUAAAUCUGAUCAAAGAGGGAAGCGGAUCAGAAGAAUUUCUGAUGGUGCUGUAGCUGAAAAGAUAAGAAUUCUUUCAGAGGCUGAAAAUGAAAUAGAAUCGUUUCAGCUUCACAGCCUCACAAAAGGCUGCACCCAACAUAAACCCUUGGAUGGUAGAAGUAAAAAAAACAUCGUAUCCAACAUUGGUCCAAAUACACCAAGCAUUUUACCUGGGAGGGACCAAUUUAACAUUGGUCCAAAUACACCAAGCAUUUUACCUAGGAGGUGCCCAUUAAAUGAGGCCAUACGCACAGUUCCUUCAGUAAGGAAUGUCUCUGUUAAGAAUGGUAGUGCAAAACCUAUUGAACAACAAGAUUACUCAGGAACUGUCAGAUCAUGCACUGCACGCAAUGCUGUCCUGAAGAAAUGCGAGGAUAAAGCUUCUAAGCUUUACUGUGCUUUCUGCCAGUCUGAUGAUAUCACAGAGGGAUCUGGAGAGAUGGUUCACUACCAUAAUGGAAAGCAAGUACCUGCAGCAUUUGAUGGAGGGGCUACUGUACAUUGCCACAAAAACUGUCUGGAGUGGGCUCCUGAUGUUUACUUUGAAGAUGAUUCUGUCUUUAAUCUUACAAAUGAGCUGGCUAGAAGUAAAAGAAUCAAAUGUGCUUGCUGUGGAAUUAAAGGUGCUGCACUUGGAUGCUUCGAGACGAGUUGUCGAAAAAGCUUCCAUUUCACCUGUGCUAAAUUAAUCCCAGAAUGUAGAUGGGAUAAUGAAAACUUUGUGAUGCUAUGCCCUUUGCACCAAUCUUCAAAGUUGCCUAGAGAGACUUCUGGGUUGAAAAAGAAGUCGCACAGGAAACUAACACCAAAAGGGCCAUCUCAAGUAAAUUCUAGUCAAGGUCAUGGUAAUAAAUGGACAUGGCCAUCUGGAUCACCACAGAAAUGGGUUCUCUGCUGUUCAGCCCUUUCUGCUACAGAAAAGGGUAUUGUCUCAGAAUUCGCAAAAAUAGCUGGUGUGCCUAUCUCAACAAGUUGGAGUCCUAAUGUUACUCAUGUUAUUGCAUCAACCAACAUGUCUGGUGCUUGCAAGCGCACACUGAAGUUUCUGAUGGCAAUCUUGAAUGGCAAAUGGGUUAUCUCCAUCGACUGGGUUAAGACAUGCAUGGAACUUAUGGAACCUGUUGAUGAAAUGAGAUUUGAAAUUUCCACUGAUGUACAUGGCACUGCUGAGGGUCCCAGGUUAGGCAGACAACGAGUUAUCAAUAAGCAACCUAAAUUAUUUGACGGUAUUGAGUUCUAUCUCCAUGGAGAUUACACCAAGUCCUACAGUGGCUACCUGCAAGACCUUGUGGUUGCAGCCGGUGGAACUGUCCUGCAAAGGAAGCCUGUGUCAAGAAAUCAGCAGAAGUUGGUUGACGACAGCUCCCUCAUCCUCAUCGUCUACAGCAUUGAGAAUCAAGACAAGGCAAAACCAAGAUCAAGGGAUGGCAUAAAUAUUAAUCGUAGCCAAGUUGAUGCUCAGGCUCUGGCCUAUGCCUCUGGUGGCAAAGUUGUGAGCAGCGCAUGGAUCAUUGACUCCAUAGCAGCUUGCAACCUUCAACCUCUUUAA